UCCGCCAUUCACGCAGCCGCACUAAACACAUGUGGAGCCUCGCGCGUCGAGCGCGUCCAUUUUAGUUUUGGGAACCAAACGCAAACUCCAAAGUGGUUCUUUUGUCUCCCCCAUGCCUGAUUCGGUGUAGUCCAGGCCAGAAACGCUCCUUACAGGGGUUUCAAAUCAUCGAAACUGCUAAACAUGGUAAAAGAGAUGAUAGGAGGUUGUUGUGUUUGUUCGGACGAAAGAGGAUGGGAUGAGAAUCCACUGGUUUACUGUGACGGCCAUGGCUGCAAUGUUGCCGUUCAUCAGGCGUGUUACGGCAUCGUGCAAGUUCCAAAGGGACCGUGGUUUUGUCGGAAAUGCGAAUCCCAAGAAAGAAUCGCUCGAGUGAAAUGUGAAUUGUGUCCAUAUAAGGAAGGUGCUCUUAAAAGAACAGAUACUGGAGGCUGGGCCCAUGUUGUCUGUGCUCUGUACAUUCCUGAAGUGAGAUUUGGAAAUGUUUCUACCAUGGAACCAAUCAUUUUGGCAUCUGUUCCUCAUGAUCGCUUCUGUAAGACUUGUUAUAUUUGUGAAGAGAGAGGACGGGAGAGUAAGACAGCUCAUGGAGCCUGUAUGAGCUGCAACAAGGCAGGAUGCAGAUACGCUUUUCAUGUCACUUGUGCGCAGAGUUCUGGAUUGCUUUGUGAGGAAAAUGAUGGCCAGUCAGGUCCGACAGUCAAGUAUGUUGGUUACUGCCAGUUCCACUGGAAUAAGAGGGCUAAAGGUGUUCUGUUCAACAGUAAACCCGCAGAAAAAACGAAUAAGAUUCUAGAAAAAGAGAAAGAUAUCAAGGAAAAAGAUACAAAGAACAAAGACAUCAAGGACAGUGUAGAAAAACCAAAGAUUGAUAAAGAUAAAGAAAAAGAAAAAGAAAAGAAAGCUCCAAAACCAAGGUUGUCCACUGGUCCUACAUCUGCUGCUACAGCCACUGAACAAUCACCUAAGGUUGACAGCAAUGCCUCCAGCACGACUAGUCAACCUGUCACUCCUAAACAAAGAGGAAGAAAGCCCUCUACUGUUAAGACACCGACAGAGUCACCUUGUAAUUCUAAGACAGCUGUAGAGACACCGAAACCACUGAACAGCAUAACUGGUAAUAUCCCUAUCCAGUUGGCAGUACCUGGGGUAGUGCCAUUGUCAACUCUGCCUGUUCAGAGUGGUGCCUCCAGCAUAGCAGCUACUGCCGUCAAGGACACUGUCCCAAGACCGGCGGCAAUUCUUGGUCCGGAAAUGCUGCCUAAAUCUGUAUCUUCUCAGUUGCAGGACAUUCCACAACCUUCCUCCAGCGUCCUAGUACCUGAGAUAGCAAAACAGAUGGAGAUAGUUAUGCCAACAGAGGCAACUGCACCUAAACAGACAAUUAAACCGACUGUGGUGGGUAAUACUCAAACUAAGAAACGGGCUGCACCCAAGAGUGGGGAUGAACCCAAGAGAAAAGUUGGUAGGCCCCCCUUAAAGAAAAAAAACAACACUCCCACAGUAAGUCGCAAGAAUGGAACGCAAGUUUCUUCCUCGAAUACAGUGACUUCCCCUUUAAAUACAGCAUUUUCAUCAACAUUUCCUCAGGAAAACCACGGGGCAUCAACAUCUCUUCCAUCGUUGCCAACUUUUUCUAAUCAGAAUGUGCUUCCGAGCAAUACUCAAGGAGCGAGUGUACGUCAGAACGGUCCAAGGACUCCGAGUCCGAACGCGUACAUGAUCCCACAACCACGAAACAGAGGACUUCUCGAGAACGGCCAUCUACAACGGCCACCAAACAACAAUGUGACCCAAGGACCUUUACAACUUCCAACAAGUUUAGAAGAACUGCUGGAAUAUCAGUGGGAACAGGGGGCUCAGUUUCUCAUGCAGCAAGCGUCGCAGUAUGAUGUUGCGUCACUGAUGUCCAGCUUACAUCAGCUUAAAGCCGACAAUUCACGGCUCGAAGAACGUCUGUCUACCCUGACAAACCGGAAAAACCAGUUAUUACAAGUGAAUGCUCGGUUAGCCACUCCCAUGUCCUGUACAAACACAAGCUCCACGGUCACGCCGUCCAACGCGAAGCAGCCGGCAUUGAGUGGCUCUGGCGUGACAGCUGUAACGCAGGGUGCAUUGUCAACCGACACCAAAACCACGCCGAGCAAUUAUGGUCCGCGAGGGUCCAUAAGUGCUGGUUCAGAUGGGGCACCCAAAGUGGAUGUCUCUCCAGGCACCAAGGAUGGUAAGGUCCCUUUGAGUUCUAGUGUUAAACCAGUGAGUGGCAGUGUUGUAGAAAAGGAAAUACCAAACGGGGAGUUAAGAGGCGGCAAGAACAAGGAACAGCAAAACAAACGUCCAGAGACAAAUUUGAACACUGCGCCAAGCACGUCUUCGUCCUCAACGUCUUUUCAGAAGCAGCCGGUGAAGGUAAAUAGUUUGCUUGUGCCGACGGCGUCAAAAACAGCCCUGCCUCCUCAGACACUUUUAGCUCAGCAGGAAAAAGAGAAGCAGCAGAAACAAGCGCAGGUGAAUGUGAUGUCACAUGUUAUUACAUCUGCUCAUCCCACCUCAAAAACAACACAACAGGUACAACAACAACAGGUACAACAACAACAACAACAACAGCAGCAGUUGCAGUCGCGUUUUCAACCUCAGCAAAAAAUUCUCCUUCCCCAGCCGUUACCCACGAGUCAGGCGUUUGCAGUGCCAUCGUUUCCCCAAACGCCGCAGAAAGCCAACCAAAAAGUGCUCUUGCAACUCAUCCAACAGGGAGAUGAUAUUCAUCGCUUGUCCAGCCAGAAUUCUGCCUUUAGCCACGAUAAAACCCAGCUAGUAUCACAGCCGGUUCAGGCCCAAAAGCUGUUGCCAGGCACAGUACCUACACAGCAGUUUGCGGCUCCAUCGCUCUCGCUCCCCUACCCGGGGUUUUUGACAUUUAGGGAUCCAAUGAAUUUGACUGGGACCCGUGUGGACAUGAUGAAGGCCGCACAUUUAGCUCCUCUUCAGAUGGUCUCGUUGGACAACAGUCAGACAGGCCCUAAGGAACGUUCUCAGUAUUUCGACAUGGAUAAAGGUUCCAACACCGACAAGACUUCCAGAAACGGAUAACGCUAUGAUUGCCUGAGCUCCUUGACUGUUUAGCGGAAGCAUCAACGGUUGACUGAAGAAGUGACCGUCUUCUUCAAGGACAACGGAAAUCGAAUUUGAAUCGCUAAGUUAAAUCAUUGUGUAUCGACACUAAUCAGAAUUCGACAUGCUCAAAAAGUGAGGCAUUCAAGAGAGCUUCGCGUCCACAUCUCCAUUCGUGAGCCUACAUCAAGGCUUUACACGCCAUUUAAGGCUGCUUGGACGUAUCAAGAACUUUAAUAAUUUUCGUAAAUAUUACACAGAAAUGGAAACGAAUUUUCAGGGAACCAAAACUGGGAAGACGGCGAGUGGUUAUUGGGCCGGCCAUCCAUUGCUAGCAAUUAUGGGUUAUCGUACGAAGAGACCGACCACCCUUUUAAGGCUAUGUUCUAAAGUUGAUUCUCUAAGUUACUUUUAGAGUCAAGGCAACUGAUCUCGAAGUAAUUCCAUGUACCCCCCCCCCCCAGCAUUUACCGUGAUUGUUCUAGUUUACACCAAUAGACGUCGUAUGGUGUUCAUGAGAGCAAUAUCCUCAACAGGGUCCGCCUCAAAGUGUCUCGACGACAUCGUGUAUCAGUAAGAACCUUUUUGAAAUAAUUUUACCUCCAUUGUAGCUAAAGCAGUCACACGUUUUGCAAAUCGUUCUGUACAAAGUUUUUACGUAGCUUAAGGAUUUCAACUGCAUAUAGCUUGCUUUAUAAGUCCAUUUUUUUUUUAGCCUUAUUCCCGAUUUGUUUCACUGUCGUUAUUAUUUAUAUUAAUAUGUCAGAGUGCUUUUUUAGUUAGCAACUAGCACUAACCCCCCCUAAAUCUCACCCAAAGGUGGGUCAUUGUAAGCUACUAAAAUUGUCCAGAGAUGAAGUUAAAAAACGAAACGCAGUUUAAUCUCGGAAGCAGUGCCCGUUUUUACUUGUUUAAAGAGAUGCGCGCUUUCGUUUAAACGCACUUGAUUAUUUAACGCAUAAUUAUUACAAAACCAGAAAUGUUGCAAAAUCCGUGAAUUGCCAUUGAUUGGCUGGGAAAGUUUUGAUUCGUUAGCGGCUUAUUGUGGUACAGAGAUGGAUUUCAGAGAGUUAUAUUAUUAUAUGAUGGGUGUACAUUUGCUCAAUGUGUAAAGCUGAUGAUAAAUAUUUCAACUUGAA